CAUAGUGAGCUGUACACUCGCUUGUCCUUGUUACAACUUCUGAACUUGUGAACUUGUGAAACUCAACUCAAUUUGCCUAGUUACCGCUGCAACAAUGAAUUUUGGAGGUAUUCUUUCACAGCGAAAGCUUUCUCCGGGCGCUCGUGUGGUCGAUGGUGCAGCGACGCCGGCGGUGCACUGGUUUGGCCAGUUCAUGACCGCGUCGAAGCCCGAGCGCAGGAAAUGUGACAUGGGUGGCGUGAGGACCGCUGCCUCAGCCUCCCAGGCGUCCACCUCUGGGUCUGGCACCAGCUCUUGGCUGCCAGAACGGCCUCGGCGUGUGGUGGUGCAGCGCGGCUUUCAGCCCUCCUCCAUCAACUGGGACCGUUGGGAGCUCAUCAUGUACGCCCGCAUGGAGGCCGUGGAGAAGGAGCGGUUGGCGGACGAGGGCGCGGAGUCGCAGGGCCAAGAUGGUGACACCGGGGCCGCUAGCACCAGCACCUCUGCAACCUUCUCUUCCUCUUCCUCUUCCUCCUUUUCGAGCCGCCUGGCGACAUCCGACCUGACGGCCGCGUACUUCAGGCGCUGGGACGAUCCCGCCGCACACCAGCCCGCGCUUCAGGACCGGUUGCUGAUGUCGGCCUGGCGCGAGGCGCUAGUGCCUGGCUCGCUGGAGGGAAAGACGGUUCUGGACGUGGGCUGUGGCCUGGGGCUGCUGUCGCUCCUGGCGGCCAAGGCGGGCGCGGCGCGGGUGAUCGCGGUGGAUGGCUCGGCAGGGGCGUGUGACAGCGCCCGGCGCAUCGUGCGUGCCAAUGGUCUGGACGACCGCAUCACGGUGGUACAUGGUGCCAUCGAGUCACUUGGCGAGCUGCCGGGCCUGGCGGCUGGUCAGCAGGUGGAUGUGGUGCUCAGCGGCUGGAUGGGCGCGGGGCUGCUGGCGGGCGGAAUGAUCAACGGUGUGGCGCACGCCGUCAAGACGUGGCUCAAGCCCGGCGGGAUGGUGCUGCCGGACCGUGUGUCGCUGUGGGCGGCGGCGCUGGAGGACAGGGACGCGCUGCUGGAGGCCAAGGAGUCAUGGAGCCGUGUGGCGGGCUUCGACCUGUCCGCGGCCCUGGCGCAGGCCAUCAAGCACCCACGUCGCGACGUGCUCACUCGCAAGUCGCAGCUGCUGUCGGCGCCGCAGCGUCUGGCUGAAUGGCGCACCGCCGACCUGGCACCUGACUCGGUGCUGGACGCAGCCACUGGAGCGUACGCCCGCUGCCCCAUCCAGCUGACGGCGGUGCGUGAGGAGCGGCUGUUUGGACUGGUGCUCUGGUGGGACGCCACGUGGGCACUGGGCGGCGCGCUGGAGGGCGAGGACAAGUCCCCAGUACGCUUCACCACCCACCCGCUGUCCUCCGCCUCGCACUACCAGCAGCUCAUGCUGGACUUCCCCAAGUCGGUCCGCCUGGCAGCUGACGACGUGGUGGGCGGCGAGUUGGUGCUGCGCCCCGGGUCCACCGACCCCCGGGACCUGGAGGUUAGCCUGGAGGUGGCGGCGGCGGGCACCGGCAUUGUCGGUAGCUACCGCAUUUCGCACCUGCCCACCGCGUAAUGGGUGGACAGGACGAGUUGCAGGGAUAGGAGCAGACGUAAAGUGAUGCUUUAGAUCCCGGGCAGGCGCUGCGUGUUGGUAUAGAAUGGCGCAGUCAAGGUUUCUGAAGGUGCAAUUAUCAGGGUUAUAUGUGCCAAAGGAACGAGCAAGGCAUGGGGACAGGGCGGAAGGACGACUGCUGUGUUCAGGCGUGUUGGGGCGGACGGGCGCCGUGUGCACACGAUGGGAGUGCUGACUGUGCGCGCCUUCGCGAUCAAUGUAAGUGCUAUCGCGUU